CUCCAGAGGACGGCGAAAAUACAGUUGGGCGGACCGACCAAUACCGGGCUGGAAGAAAUCAGUCUGGAGUCUGCCAAUAACAGGUCGAGUUGCGCUCAGCUUCGACGCUACAUUCUGGAGGCAGUACAGAACGAAGUCCCCAUUCCGAGUAAUCUCUCAUAAAUACAGAGAAGAAGAGAAGCUGUAUGCCUAUAAUAUAAUAGGCUGCGCCGGCGAUUAAUUAGGUUACAUGGACUCAAGAGAAAGCGAAUUAUUUUUGGCGUAUGAAUAUAAUUGCAUAGCCUGUUAAACGGCUUGGAAACUCAGUCGGCUCUUCACUACAAAUCUGACCUAGGCUACCUGUGUAGAGGGGUUUGAUUUUACUCAUAUUCUGGAAUUGGUAUCAUCAAUAGUUUUCUCGUGUGCUUUUCUGUCGGGUUUAUAUUGUUUGUAGCAAACGGCUGCCGAGUGCGACUGGAAUACGCGUCUGCACCGGGGAUUGAAUUGAUACAUCAUAACCGACCGGAAUUCAGAUUGUGAAUAAACAAGAUAUUGUCCAGGGUAACGUAACCUCACUCUACAACCAAAUACAUCUGGGCAAACUGAACGUGUAUUUCGGUAGCAGAGAGCGAUACUAAACCUGCAUAAUGCCUCUUGCACAUCUUGCGGAGCCCUGGCCCCAAAUGGAACUAAUUACACUGGACUCCGAGAAUGGGCAAAGCGUCACGGAGGAUGGGGUCCCACCUGCUGGUCACAAGGACAGGUCCCAUAUUACCUGGGUAGAGAAGGACUUUGCCAAUAUUACUGCCAAGGACAAUGAUGUCAUCAAGGAGAUCAACAUCACCAACGUGGUCAAGGAGGGCUCAGAGAAAGCCGAUGCCCGCCAGUUUGAGCUGCUUAAAGUGCUGGGCCAGGGCUCCUUUGGCAAGGUGUUCUUGGUGCGGAAGGUGACGCCUCCCGACGACAACGAGCUGUAUGCAAUGAAGGUCCUGAGAAAAGCCACCCUCAAAGUGAGAGACCGGGUGAGGACCAAGAUGGAGAGAGACAUCCUGGCAGAUGUCAACCACCCCUUCGUGGUCAAACUCCACUACGCAUUUCAGACUGAGGGAAAGCUCUACCUGAUCCUGGACUUUCUGAGAGGAGGAGAUCUCUUCACCAGACUGUCUAAAGAGGUGAUGUUCACAGAGGAGGAUGUGAAGUUCUACCUAGCGGAGUUGGCUCUGGGCCUGGACCACCUGCAUAGCCUGGGAAUCAUCUACAGAGACCUCAAACCUGAGAACAUUCUACUGGAUGAAGAGGGCCAUAUCAAACUCACAGAUUUUGGCUUGUGUAAAGAGGCUGUUGACCAAGAGAAGAAGGCCUACUCCUUCUGUGGUACGGUGGAAUACAUGGCGCCAGAGGUGGUGAACAGGCAGGGCCACAUACAGAGCGCCGACUGGUGGUCGUUUGGGGUACUGAUGUUUGAGAUGCUGACCGGAUCGCUGCCGUUCCAAGGGAAGGACCGCAAAGAGACCAUGAACCUCAUCCUCAAGGCCAGAUUGGGAAUGCCCCAAUUCCUGAGUACAGAGGCCCAGAGUCUCCUCCGAGCUCUGUUCAAGAGGAACCCCACCAACAGAAUGGGGUCCGGGGCGGAUGGUGCAGAGGAGAUCAAACGCCACACGUUCUUCUCCACCAUCGACUGGAACAAACUGUUCCGGCGAGAGAUCCCACCACCGUUCAAGCCGGCGGUGGCCCGACCAGACGACACCUUCUACUUCGACUCAGAGUUCACCUCCCGCACACCCAAAGACUCCCCAGGUGUUCCACCCAGUGCCGGAGCUCACCAGCUCUUCCGUGGCUUCAGCUUCGUCGCCCCGGCCAUGCUGGAUGAGGAGGGGGCCAAGGAGCCGGCCAAGCCCACACCACACCCAGUGGUCCAGCAACUCCACGGAAAGAACGUGUUGUUCAGCGAUGGCUACAUGUUGAAGGAGGACAUCGGCAUGGGCUCUUUCUCCGUUUGCAAGCGCUGCAUCCACAAAGCCACCAACACAGAGUACGCUGCCAAGGUGAUUGACAAGACCAUGACAGACCCCUCAGAGGAGAUUGAGAUCCUGUUGAGAUACGGCCAGCACCCCAACAUCAUCACCCUGAAGGACGUGUAUGACAAUGGGAAGCAGGUGUAUCUGGUGACAGAGCUGAUGAGAGGUGGGGAGCUGCUGGACCGGAUCCUCAAACAGAAGGUCUUCUCAGAGCGAGAAGCCAGCUCCGUGCUCCACACCAUCACCAAGACUGUAGAAUACCUCCACGCACAGGGGGUUGUUCACAGGGACCUAAAGCCCAGUAACAUCCUUUAUGUAGAUGAGUCGGGGAACCCUGAGUCUAUCCGGAUCUGUGACUUUGGUUUUGCCAAGCAGCUGAGAGCUGACAACGGCCUGCUCAUGACUCCAUGCUACACCGCUAACUUUGUAGCCCCGGAGGUGUUAAAGCGUCAGGGCUAUGACGAGGGCUGUGACAUAUGGAGUCUGGGAGUGUUGUUGUACACCAUGCUGGCUGGUUUCACGCCGUUUGCCAACGGGCCCGAGGACACUCCAGAUGAGAUCCUGAGCAGGAUAGGCAGUGGUCACUUCACCCUGACUGGAGGCAACUGGGACGCCGUGUCGGAAGCAGCGAAGGACCUGGUGUCUAAGAUGCUUCACGUGGACCCCCACCAGCGGCUGACCGCAAUGCAGGUUCUCAAGCACCCCUGGAUCGUCCAGAGGGACAAGCUAUCCAACAGCCAGCUGCAGCACCAGGAUGCCAAGCUAGUCAAGGGGGCGAUGGCUGCCACCUACUCUGCCUUGAAGAGCUCCCAGCCCACCCCGGAGCUCAAGUCCAUCGAGUCGUCCUUCCUGGCCCAGCGACGUGUCAAGAAGCUCCCCUCCACCUCUCUGUAGAUCCACCAGAGAGAGACCAUGAACACCCCCAGACUCUAGCUAGAACGUCAGCCAGUACAGGAACAAGUCACGGGACUGAAGAGACCAGUAGAUCCCCUCUAUCUAACCAGCCAAGGACCACUGAUCACUCUACUGCCGUCUCCUCCCCUGGCAGUGAUAUCACUACUCUGCUGUAGUCCCUUCCUCUGCCAACGAUAUCACUACUCUGCUGUAGUCCCUUCCUCUGCCAACGAUAUCACUACUCUGCUGUAGUCCCUUCCUCUGCCAACGAUAUCACUACUCUGCUGUAGUCCCUUCCUCUGCCAACGAUAUCACUACUCUGCUGUAGUCCCUUCCUCUGCCAACGAUAUCACUACUCUGCUGUAGUCCCUUCCUCUGCCAACGAUAUCACUACUCUGCUGUAGUCCCUUCCUCUGCCAACGAUAUCACUACUCUGCUAUAGUCCCUUCACCUGCCAACGAUUUCACUACUCUGCUGUAGUCCCCUGCCCUGCCAACAAUUUCACUACUCUGCUGUAGUACCCUGCCAGUGAUAUCACUACUCUGCUGUAGUCCCCUGCCAGUGAUAUCACUACUCUGCUGUAGUCCCCUGCCCUGCCAGUGAUAUCACUACUCUGCUGUAGUCCCUUGCCAGUGAUAUCACUACUCUGCUGUAGUCCCUUGCCAGUGAUGUCACUACUCUGCUGUAGUCCCUUGCCAGUGAUGUCACUACUCUGCUGUAGUCCCCUGCCAGUGAUGUCACUACUCUACUGUAGUCCCCUGCCAGUGAUAUCACUACUCUGCUGUAGUCCCCUGCCCUGCCAGUGAUAUCACUACUCUGCUGUAGUCCCCUGCCCUGCCAGUGAUAUCACUACUGUGCUGUAGUCCCCUGCCCUGCCAGUGAUAUCACUACUCUGCUGUAGUCCCCUGCCAGUGAUAUCACUACUCUGCUGUAGUCCCCUGCCAGUGAUAUCACUACUCUACUGUAGUCCCCUGCCAGUGAUAUCACUACUCUGCUGUAGUCCCCUGCCAGUGAUAUCACUACUCUGCUGUAGUCCCCUGCCAGUGAUGUCACUACUCUACUGUAGUCCCCUGCCAGUGAUGUCACUACUCUACUGUAGUCCCCUGCCAGUGAUGUCACUACUCUACUGUAGUCCCCUGCCAGUGAUAUCACUACUCUACUGUAGUCCCCUGCCAGUGAUAUCACUACUCUGCUGUAGUUCCCUGCCAGUGAUAUCACUACUCUGCUGUAGUCCCCUGCCAGUGAUAUCACUACACUGCUGUAGUCCCCUGCCAGUGAUAUCACUACUCUGCUGUAGUCCCCUGCCAGUGAUAUCAGUAGUUUCUCUUUCCUCUUGGAUGGGCAUCUGGGCAUGGUCACUUGAUGUCAAUCAACCUGGACAAGCAACAAGACAUGGUAGGGGAUGAGGGUGCAGUGGGGUAGGGGCAGGUUAUGGCAAAUUUGUUAGCAGUAUAUUUUGGAUAAGAGGUGUGUGUGUGUGUGUGUGUGAGAGUUUGUGAGACAACCUGCUACCACAGAGGACGUUGAUGACCAUUGAGGAUGUUUCGGUUGUGUUUUUGUUUUGCGGUCAUUUUGAUUGGCUCUUCAUCUCCCCUCAGCAUCGCUGUGAUUGGCUGUCGCUUAACUCUCUGCAUGUCUGUCUGUUUGGUGUCGUUCUCUCUCCAAUUGAUCAGCUUGCCAAAUCGAUUUGUUUGUUUUUGCUGUUUUACCAUUGAAAGCUGGAAGGGACAAUGGCACAAAACGAGAUCACAGUCCAUCACUAUCAUUUUCCUACAUUUUGAAUGAACAUUAAAAGAAAAAAAAAACAUUUUGCCAUAAAUGCCUCUCGUUUUUGAGACUAUACCUUAAUAACUAGGAAUUGUGGGUAAUGUAGUCAAUGCUAAUGUUUUUUCUAGGCCGAAUGUCUCACUCUCCAUUGCAUGACUUGCAGUGCGUGUAGUCCAGGGAAGGGUGCAGAAAGUUGUUUGCAUGGUCUGGUGCAGUGUGGCGUCAUGUUGCUUUGUCCUUCUCUUAUCUGCACUUUUCUUGGUGACAUUGCCGAUUCUGAGAAGAAAAGAUUUGAGAUAUGGCCAAAUAUGUUUAUUGUAAAAAAAAAAAAAAGAAAAAAAAAGAAGAGAAAUAAUAUCUGUAAUGCCACUAACAAGGUGGAAUGUUGAAGUCUUUUUUCCCCCCUUUAUUUUCAUUGUGUUUUCUUCUUGGAUAUGCGUAUUUUGAAUCAUCUUUCUUGUAUUUGUUUUUGUUGUUGAAAGGCAUGUUGAACACGCACACACACUGUUGGAGCGUCCAUGAUGGACACUGUUGGAGCGUCCAUGAUGGACACUGUUGGAGCGUCCAUGAUGGACACUGUUGGAGCGUCCAUGAUGGACUCUUUCCCACAGCCCCCCUCUCUCUCUGUGUUUCAAUGUCAAGUAUGGUGAGAGUGAUUGUCAAAACGAUUUUGCUGAGCACUCAAAUGCACUCUCUCCCAUAAAGAUAUUCUCCGGUACUUUUGUAUACUUUUUAACCAGUAGUUCUGAAAAGUAGCGCCCACGAGCCAAACAUGGUCCCCGAAAAUUGCCUACCACGUCAUUGCUCUCUCUCUCUCUUGCUCUGCUGGGUGUGCUUCUUGCUAGUUGUCAGUCAAAUGGUAAGGGGCUGAAGCUCAUUGGCUGAAACUCAAAUUAAUAGGGGGCUGGCCCACGUGCAGGUAAAUGUAGGGAAAAUGGUGCUGCACAGCUUCCAGAAAACUGUCGCUUUCAAACUCGGGAUUUCGUGGCUAAUUGAGGUAAGACCGUAAUUCUGCUCAUAGAUUAUACAUGUAUGAACUACACAUUGACACAUCCAGCCCAAAGCGGGAGGAUUAAAAAAUACUUACUAGUCGCCAAAGUACCCGAGCAUGUCUUUAAGGUCUCUGUAAAGUAUAUAUUUUUAAAUUUUACUUAGACAAUCCUUGACAGGAAUAUUUUUUUGUUAUUUUCUGAUUUGAUUGGCCUGUCUGUUGGUCUUAAUCAGGACAUAAAGUAAAUGUCCACAGGUCCUUUCUGUCUCCUGUUCAGUUUGACAUUGUCUGAGUAGAAGUGCCGAUCUAGGAUCUGUCCGUAUCUUAUUCUAUACAGACACAGCUAUCUAACAGACACAACUGAUCCUGGAUCCGCACUCCUACUCUGAGACGCAUUGUGGAUACGGGCCGUGGACUCUAGUACAGUAUAGGUCACAACAACGUCUUUCUUGACUAGAGGUUCCUAUGGGAUAGUACACGUUUGCGUGGCUAAGUUUUUUUUUUUUUUUUUUUUGGUAGCUUUUAAAUUCCUUAAGGGCCGAAUUCCUAGACACAGUAUCUGCAUUGAACAUGCUUUUUAGUCUAGGACUUGUCCGGGAAACUGGCCCCUGCGCCUACAGCAUAAAGAGCCUGUAAGUUUGUGUAGGCUUGGAUCUUUAGUCUUAGAUAUGUGAUGCAUAUCUGUAGAAAGGUUGGGAUAACUCUUUCUAUGGGGAAACGCAUUAUUAAGAAGAAACAGAUCAAGAUGAAGAAAGGAACAUUUGACUAAAAUAAGAAAUAACAGUUCCCGCCCACUGGGGCUCCUCGUAGUAACAGUAACCCUUCUGCUAUAGUAGCACAGUGACAUUGCUACAGUUGCCAAGAAUGAAAACCCCUUUCAUCUCAAAUCAAGUGGAAUACAUAGUUAUGUUUAUUAUUUUUUUUAAAUCAAGUUCUUUAUAGCGUUUUAAUUGUUUUAUUUAACCUUUAUUUAACUAGGCAAGUCAGUUAAUAAGAACAAAUUCUUAUUUAAAAUCACAGCCUACCGGGGAACAGUGGGUUAUAACUGCCUUGUUCAACGGCAGAACGAGCUACUAAGGUUGGGAUUAAAUGUUUAAUUUACUAUGAUAUUUACCUCCUUUUGUCUGUUCUAUUUUGUUGUACCUUUCCUUAUAAGGGUCCAUAAACACUUCUCGUGGCAAAAACACGAUUCACCAAUGAAUUGCAACCUAACUCCGACACGUCCCAUGAUUCUGCCAUCUAGAACCAAUGAAAUGACAUCUUUGCUGCCAUCGUUUUUUGUUGUUGUUGCCACGACCAGUGUGUUUGGACCCUGAAGUGGGAGCUUUCAUUGGUAUGGAACUAUUCUAUGUGUUUGUUCCUCUUGCUUUGUAUUGCCUUCCUUCCUGGUUUUCCAUGUGGGAUGGGGGUAGUUCACCCUCUUCUGCCAUUGCAGCAGUGGCGAUUCAGGCCUAUAGGGAGUUCUGAUGAGAUGCCUAUCUAUUAAAACACUUUUCUCUGCGCUGA